UUUUUUUUCGAGGGAGGACGUGCAGAGCACAGAAGUGUGCGGCGCCAUGCGAUUGACUUAUUAGACUGGGCAGGCAAUGGGUGAUCCAAAGUCUCUAGAUCAUUGGAAGCGCCGCGGUUUAUAGCGCACUUGGAAACCACAUCAACAUAAAGAGGGCAGAUGUGAACGCAUGUGAUGAAUUCGUCGGUGCUUCGGGAGGGGGGCGUUGGUUGUCUUGCGCUAUGGUGCGACGGACAGUGAAUUGCUUCCAAACUUAACUGUAACAGAAUGCGCAUGAAGUCUCGCUAUUAAGGGGGUCGUGACAUUUCCAUUCAGAAUGGAAAAAGGCAAGAAAAUGGACCCAGAUCAAGACCAGCAGUACUGCGAACUUUGCGGGAAAAUGGAGAACCUGCUCAAAUGUGGACGCUGCCGAAGCUCAUUUUACUGUAGCAAAGAUCACCAGAAGAAGGAUUGGAGAAAGCAUAAGCUGGUGUGCAAAGAGGCCGACAAGAGCAAGGUCCCACCAGAAUCUGAAAAAACUUCUGAGGCGCCGCAACCAUCACCACAAACCAGAAAGGAUUCGCUCACACCUCGCUGUGAGCCGGUGGAAAAGAUGAUCCCUAACGCAGACGUUUCUGGAAUAAAUAACCACACACAGCAUAAUGGACAGACAAACAAACGUUCUUUGGACGACAUAGUCACGCGUAACAUGAAUGAACAUGGUAUCUGCUUUCUUGAUAACUUUCUAGGUGAGGAGGUUGGACUGUCUAUAUUGGAGAACGUUCUAGCUCUCCAGCAAAGUGGCAAAUUCACUGAUGGACAGUUGGUAAGCCAGAAGGGCGACUCCACAAGAGAUAUACGAGGGGACCAGAUAGUCUGGAUCCAGGGGAACGAGGAUGGAUGUGAGAAGAUUCGUUUUCUUAUGAGUCGCAUGGACGACCUCCUCAGACUUUGUAAUGGUAGACUUGGAAAAUACAGCAUAAAUGGAAGAACGAAAGCUAUGGUUGCGUGCUACCCCGGAGAGGGCAAAGGGUAUGUUCGUCACGUGGAUAACCCCAAUGGCGAUGGGAGAUGUGUCACAUGUAUAUAUUACUUAAACAAGGAUUGGGAUGCCAAGGCUCACGGAGGUCUCUUGCGAAUAUUUCCUGAGGGCAAAGCCAACCAGGCAAUAGACAUCGAGCCCAAGUUUGAUCGGCUACUACUCUUCUGGUCCGAUAGGCGAAACCCCCACGAGGUCCAACCAGCGCAUGCCACCAGGUAUGCCAUAACCGUGUGGUAUUUCGAUCGCGAGGAGCGAGCACUAGCCAAGGAAAAAUAUGUAACAGGUACAGUCAUUAAGUUCAUUGAACAGGUGCUGGAGAGAAAGGAAUAAAGAUGGAUCUGAAUAAGCCAUCCAACGUCACCUAACACCGGGGACUUUCAGCAUCUCUCUGAGGGGAAGAGAAGGAGAAGAGAAUAGAAGAGGAAAGUUGGAGGGCACUCCACUAGUCUGCACUCCCGUUUAAUAACAAAGAAGACCCCGGAGGAGAGAAAAGAAGGGAAAUAAAUGACUGAGGACAGACA